AGCAACCCACACUACACACAUUGAGUAAUUGGAGGUGGAGUGAGUUCCAAUGGCAAAUGCUGGAGAGGAAGUGAUCAGCAACAAGCAGGUGAUUUUCAGGGACUAUGUCUCCGGCUUCCCCAAAGAGUCCGACUUGUUCAUAAGCUCUUCUACCACAAAGUUGAAGCUUCCAGAGGGUUCCAAUGGAGUUUUGGUGAAGAACCUCUACUUGUCCUGCGACCCUUACCUUCGCAUUCGAAUGCGGAAGAUUGAUGAUCCUAAUAACCUCUUCCAGUCCUUCAUACCUGGCUCUCCAUUAAGAGGGUAUGGAGUGGCUAAAAUUUUGGAAUCUGGGCAUCCGGAUUUCAAGGAAGGUGAUUUGGUUUGGGGGACAACCGGAUGGGAAGAGUACAGUCUCAUCACUGAUCCUCAACAGCUCUUCAAAAUCAACCAUACCGAUGUACCCCUUUCCUACUAUACUGGAAUUCUAGGUAUGCCCGGUAUGACUGCUUAUGCUGGCUUCUACGAAGUUUGUUCUCCGAAAAAAGGAGAAUAUGUCUUCAUUUCAGCAGCAUCAGGUGCAGUUGGCCAACUUGUUGGGCAAUUUGCAAAAUUAACGGGAUGCUAUGUUGUUGGGAGUGCUGGAAGUAAAGAGAAGGUUGAUCUACUGAAGAACAGGUUUGGGUUUGAUGAGGCUUUCAACUAUAAGGAAGAGCAUGACCUAAAUGCAGCUCUGAAAAGGUACUUCCCCCAAGGCAUUGACAUAUACUUUGAGAACGUCGGGGGCAAAAUGCUGGACGCGGUGAUCCUCAAUAUGAGAGUUCAUGGACGAAUUGCGGUAUGUGGAAUGGUGUCACAAUACAAUCUCCAGGAACCGGAAGGUGUUCAUAAUUUGAUGCACAUUGUGUAUAAGAGGGUCCGCAUAGAAGGCUUUGCUGUCUUUGAUUAUUAUCAUCUGUAUUCGAAAUUCUUAGACUUGGUGCUGCCACAAAUCAAAAAAGGGAAGAUAACGUAUGUGGAAGACAUAGCACAAGGCCUGGAAAGUGCUCCUGCAGCUCUGGUUGGACUUUUUAGCGGCCAAAACGUUGGAAAGCAAGUUGUUGCUAUUGCUCCUGAAUAAUUGAUUCAUUAAGCUCAUUUAUAUAUAAAUUAAGCAUGCAAUAUCUUUUAAAUAAAAGCCAAUAAUAAUAUCCAUGGUUUCUUUGAUCA